UUCCAGUGGCUCUGUACUUAGCAGUAGUUUCGUUAGUCUGGUUUAGUUUGUAUUUUACAUUACUUUUUAUUGGUCAUUAUACACGGGAUGAAUUCAGAAUAUGAUUCAACCGUGGCAAAAGAGCAAGAUAGAUGUAUAUGUGACUGUAAUUUCAUUUUAACUAGUGUGCGUUAUAUCAAAUCAAUAAUUGGUUACAAAAAAAAUGGUAUAAUUUGCAUAUAUGGUGGAAAAUCCUAAUUAAUGUGUUGGAAACAAAUUAAUUCCUACUAAAUAUGUUGAAAAUCUAUGUUUACUAAAAAUAUACACACAUAACAUACAUGUAUGGUAAUUAAUAAUUGAAAAGAUGUAAACAAAGUUAUUUGGGCAAUAAAUUAUAUCAGAUCCUCUAUAUAUUUUCAGUAUUUAUGCCCAUAAAUUUGUUUUUACAUAUUACUCUAAUAUGCAAUUGACUAGUUACAUAUUGUCUAUCUUGGCAAUUCAUUUUUCAUAAUACCAAAAAGAACGAAAAUCUCAACUUUAUUUUGGGUUUUGUUCAUGAGAUAAGAUCCAAGACCUGCAACUAUGAAGAUGAACAGCAAAGGAUUUAAACAGAAACCACGUUCUAAAGUAGUCAUCUCUUUCUUCACCGUUUUUUUCAUUCUCAUCCUCGGUGCUUGGAUGCAUAUGUUUGUAAUAGGUAAGAAUAAAAUCCAAAUGGUGGCGACAUCAGUAGUGGCAAGUACAAAGAAAACCAUCAAGAUUCCAUUAAACUGCAAGGACACAACACAAAAAUGUCCUUUAAACUAUCCAAGCAGAUUCAAACCAGCCAUCUCUUCCUCAGAAACUUGUCCUGACUACUUCAAGUGGAUCCAUCAAGACCUAAAGGUAUGGCAAGAGACAGGUAUCACAAGGGAAACACUCGAGAGAGCAAAACCUAAUGCUCAUUUCAGGCUUGUGAUAAAGUCAGGGAGAUUGUAUCUUCAUCAGUAUGAUAAAUGUUACCAGACAAGAGAUGUGUUCACAAUUUGGGGAAUACUUCAACUUCUAAAAAUGUAUCCUGGUCAAGUCCCUGAUCUUGAGCUUCUCUUCCUCUGUCAUGAUCAACCCGGCAUUUGGAAAAAAGACUUUAGGCGAGAAGGACCAAAUUCUACAUGGCCUCCUCCGCCGUUGUUUCAUUACUGUAGUCACCGUGAUGCAUACGACAUCGUCUUCCCUGAUUGGAGCUUUUGGGGUUGGCCGGAGGUGAAUGUUAAGGAGUGGACAACAUUACAAGUGGCGAUUAGAGAAGCCAACGAAAGGGUUAGAUGGAAAGAUAGAGUUCCCUACGCUCACUGGAAAGGGAACUCUUACGUUUCUCCGGAAAGAAGAAACCUCAUGCAAUGUAACUUCUCCGAUAAGUAUGAUCCCAUGGUUCAUCUCUAUGAACAGGACUGGGAGAAGGAGAGGGAGAAUGGUUUCAAAAGUUCAAACUUAGAAGACCAGUGUACCCAUAGGUACAAGAUUUACAUAGAAGGUCGUGCAUGGUCAGUGAGCAAAAAAUAUAUAUUAGCAUGUGACAGUAUGGCUCUUCUAGUUAAACCAGAGUUCUUCGAUUUCUUUGGAAGAAGUAUGGUUCCAAUGGAACAUUACUGGCCCAUUAGACCUCAAGAGUCUUGUCGUGAUCUCGAAUUCGCCGUUGAAUGGGGUAACAACAACACUGAGAAGGCGCAAGAAAUAGGUAGACGAGGAAGUGAGUACAUGAUGAAGCGCCUAGAGAUGAAGUAUGUAUAUGAUUACAUGUUGUAUGUGUUGCAAGGAUACGGGAAGCUGAUGAGGUUAAACGUGACCGUGCCUGAAAAUGCGACCGAAGUGUGUUCCGAGACGAUGGCUUGUCCGAUCACUGAUGGUGGACUGAUUAGGCAAUGCAUGGACGACUCGUUGGUUACGUAUCCAAGCGUCAAGGCGGCUUGUGACUUGCCGCAGCCUUAUGGAGAUGAUGAGAUCAAAAGGUUUCUUAAAAGUCAAGAAAGUGCGGAGAGACAUGUUGAGAAGUUGACCAAUGACUAUUGGGAGGUCCAAAACAAGAUUCUUCAAAAAGGAAAGAUUGUAUAAUUUAUCAGGAUUGAUU